UGAGCACUGUGGCAUAGCCUCCCUGUGGUACCACCCUAGCACUCAUGGUCCAGGAGCUAGUCAUAGCCCUAAAAGAGGCUGGAAGGUAUCGCUCCCCUCCAUACAUGCCUGCAGACUGUAAGGAGGACCAGGAGCCAAGAGAAGAAGUGAAUGUCCAUGCUUGUAGCUGUGUUUGGGGCCUGGAAGAGAAAAGACCCAACCUCCAACCAUCACUGUUGCAAGUUCACUGUUGGGGGGUGCUAUUUGUUACACAGCCACGCUGACUGAUACAGCAGUGCUGCAGUGGGAGAAUGGGGCAGCUUCAUGGAAGAGUAGCCUAUCCAUCAUCCCCUACCACUACCACCCACAUCUGCAUUUUCACAUCUCCUGCUAUCUCCCGCAUUGCUCUCCUCUGCAGGGCAAACACCCUCUUGUCUUUCAGGUACCACUCUCUGCCCCCUUCCAAGGAGCCUUUCUGGUCUGCUCUGUAUCUCUGAGCCCACAGAGCCAUCAAGGGAAGUCACCUGUGUGAAUUAGUCCCUCCCUUGACUUCUGUGGCCUCAUUCAUCCUGGUAAGGUGCCUGUCUUGCUCUAAGUGGCCCGUACCAAGACCACUCCCUUUCAAUUCCAUUCAGUCAUAGUGAAAGGACUGAAGUCCCUCCCAGUCCCCAAAUAGCCACAGCCAGGCUAUUGCUCCCCUGAUUUCCCUGACUCUUAGGGAAUGCUGUUUCCUGGCCACCCAUGACACUCCACCUCAAUAGAGCUUUAUUUAGUUCUGUGUCCCAUGCACAUAAGCUUACACCUUCAGUGCUACAUCAAUGUGCCACCCUGUCUAUCUCCCAAAGUCUUGGACCAGUGCCCCUCAUCCUUCCCCAGCCCUGCCAGCUACUGCUCCUCGUGACUAGGAGUCAACCCUGUGGUAGGAAUGAGACCGGCCAUAUUGCCGGUCAUGGUAGCUUUUUUCACUUAACACAGUGUCUUCGGCGUGUGGGGAGUGGGGCACAUGCAAGACAUCAGCUUUCCUUCUUGUUAAAGGCUGGAUGGUAUCCCCUGGGUGCCUUGUCAUGUGCCCCUAUCCAGUCAGCCAUAAUGGACACAGGCCACUCCCACACCCUGGCCUUGCGGUGGUGGCUGCAAACCAGGAGUGACAGACACGUCCUGAGAUCCUAAUCUCGAUGGUUUUGGAUGCGUGCCCAGAAGGGCGAUUACUAGAUCAUAUGGCACCGCUAUGUUUAAUUUUCUGAGGAACCUCCAUACUGUUUUCUUUACUGGCUACACCCUGUCACACUUCCCCUCCCCCACUUCCCUGAGUCUUGCCUUUCGGUAGUCUGUCCUGACAGGUCAGAACUGGCAGCUUGCCCUGGGAGGCUCUGAUGUACCUGCUGGUCAGGUGUCUGUCCACUCUGGAGAAUGUCAUCCUAGCCCUGCCCUGCUUUCAUUGGGGUUUCUCUGUUGAUGACUUGAGCAUCUUCUUUCUCUGUUUGACUGUAACACCUUAUCAUACAUUAGAGAGAUGAUUGCCAACACCUUCCCCUGGCUGGGGCAUGUGUGGGGGGUGGGGGAAGGCUGCCUUUCGUUUUACUGUUUCCUGUGUUUUGCUGAAGUUUUUCGCUUGGACACUGCCUUCUCCAUCUGUCUCCAUCUUCUUCCCCUGUGCUUUUGGUUUCACAUCCAGGGAGACCAAUGUCAAACCCCCUGUCCCCAAAAAGGUCUUGCAGUUCAUUCCCAGCCCGAGGUAGAUGUCUCCAGAGGGUGUGAGUUGGUCAAAGGGACUGCGCUGUGCUGCUGAGAAGAAGGGAACAGACCCAUGUCUGGCCGCUCCUCCGUCCUUCACCCACUGGGCCCAGCACAGUUCAAGGAUCUGCAGCUCUAGAACUCAGAAACAAAGUCUGGCUUCUCAGAGGCCAGGAAGAACUAGGAAGGUGCACUGUGUUUCCUUAGGAAAGGGGUUCAAAUUCCAGGGUUCCCAAGUUGCAAGAAAAAGAAAAAGAAAAAAAUAACCUGCAUCACUGAAACACUGAGGGCUGGGGAAGGCAGAGGGUGGGCCCCUCUGCUAGGAGAACUAGUAUGCAAAGGUUUGAUAGUGAAGCCCAAGAGAAAACUACCCGUGGCUUCCUGAGGAGAUAAGAUGCUGGACUCCCAGCUCAUAACACCCCACUGCUGGUCCUAAGAUGGAGAGGGUACUAUACGGAAGCAGCUCACUACAGAGGCUCCAGGACAGGGUGGCAGGCUCAAUGAAGUCCAGCCUUCACAUCCCCUCCUCAUCCUCCCCCCAGCCAUAGCCCUCUGAUCACAAUCCUGUCUGUGACCACAGCGCCACCUACUGGCUGCAUGGAGGACAGGUGACACAUUGAGGCAAGAUUGAGAGGCUAGUACCCUGGAAAGAGGAUGACAGAUAGCCGGGAGGCCUCGUCCCCACACCGGACUUGUUUAGAGGCCUGAGUCUGCAUCCUGCUUCUAACACCGACAGCUGUGUGACCAGUGUCUGACUCCCUCUGAAUUUCAUCCCAGACCAGGACAGUGGGCACAUCUGACCCCUGGGUGGCAUGAGGAAGGGAUGACCCCCACUUGACAGGGCACCUAUGUCUGGCAGAUGUUUGGUGGUGCUCGCAAGCUGACCAAUACAAGCUCGGCAUAGCCAGGAUCACUGCUGAAUUCAGGUUCUCAUGAAUACCAUGGAAGCUUGUGGCUCAUGCAAAGUCAUCAUUCCUACCCACACAGGUAUAGUACACAGCUAAGAACUGGUCUUAGCGUAAGGACAGUAUCAUAGCUGCAAACCCAGGAAGGGAUACGUAUGGAGACUUGAGGUAAUCUGUUUAAGCUUCCUGCGGCUUUAUUUAACAAGCAACACACAGAAUUCCUAAAAAUUCAGGAACCACUCAGAGCCCACUGGGCUGGCUCCCACACACUGUUGGUGAAAGGCCCUAGGCAAAAAUGGUUUUCAGGGUCCUAGGAGCCCCACAUACACUCACAGAAGCCACAGUACCAGCUAUGUUGUGACCUGCCUCAUGGGAUAGGUAAGGAGGUGUCCGCUCCCCCUAAACGAACCUGUCCAACGCUGCCCCUCAGAACGCGUGGCCUGGGGGCUCCAUGAGCAUCAGGAAGUCCGGACUGACAAGAUCAAGGUGCGAACCAACUCUAAGUCAGCUAAGGGUCUCCUUUCCUUCUGGCUGCAGACAGAACCCUUUGGCCUCAUUCACUUGGUUACCAGCCCCUGCCUUUCCUCCAAGGCAGGGAAACUGAGCUGGAGCCGUCAUGGGGACUGCAGCUCAGCGUCAAAGCUGCUUAUAGCAGACUGGAGCCAAGCAGCCCUCCAUCUCCAGAGCCUCAGCUCUGAAGAGCCAGGCCCCAGCCUCCAGACUUCCCCAGACUAGUGGCCUUUGCAGAUGUCCUCCAUACAAUCCCGCAUGAUGUCAGGAUGGGAUUCAGCUCUGUGGUGACCCAGACACCUGAUGGGUCAUACCUGGCUCUUCCCUCCAUCUUCCUCAGGUGCCCCAGCCCUGAGACUUGUCUUCACAGUUCCACAAGAGCAGACCGCAAACCUUCCUGGUGUCUACACAGGCUUUCCCUCACUACUCCCCAGGUCCUCAGCCUAACAUCCCCAACUGACAGCUGCACUACCCGGCCUUGAGGCCUAGCUUCCUGCCAGGAAUGUCCAAGGCCAGGCACUAUGACAUCCAGCAUCAUCAGCCAGGACUGGCAUCGUCACCAUCUCUCACAGACUAUUGUUAGACUGGGAUGGUGGCCACCAUUUGGCACCAGAACCAAGAUUCUCUAGCACCCAGACAGGAGAGCAUAGCAUCUCAUGUCUUCAGCUGGAGCCUUAAAGAGCAGUCAGAGUCACAGCCCCCAUCUAGGCCCUGCUAUCACCACAGGGUCCUGGACUCCUUUAAUAGAUGGUCCACUCAUCCACAAGUAACAGAAUGUCGGGGGCUUGAGGGACCAAGAGACAGACAUGAAGCCUUACUGGGAACACACAUCCUCAAUGCAUGUGCAGACCUGAGCACGCAUCCCCAGCCUACAAUCCUCAGAGAGUGCUGGCACCAUAACACUGUCUCUAGAGGGUGCUCUGGACACUGGAGCCAUUAUGACCUCAGGGUGAGGUCAGGGCCAGUCAAGGCACCAGAGAAGGGACAGUGCCCAGGACAGUGCUAGCAACUGGGAUCUGUGGGUGUCCUGCUCUGAAUCUCAACAUGGAUGGGCAGCAUUCUGACAGGUCACGCAGCCGCACCUCAAUUGAUAGGACCUCAUCAGCCAUGUCCCGCAACCCCAGAAUCUUCUCCCACGUUUCUGUUUCUACGAAGGAGUCAUCGACAUGUACCCAGGAACCGCCAGACUAUGCCUCCUGGGGCCAAGAGUCCCACCCUACCACCUUCCUGCUGUGCAGAUCCAAAAGCAGCCAAACUUCCCUGGAACACGAGUUAUUUAUGGAGGAAGCCUACAACUCAGCCAUCUGCUUCAAGAUGCUCCGAGACAUAGGCACCUCAGACCUUCUCCAAACCAAGUACCUCACCAAGAAGAUAAAGAGGAUGGCUCAGAGGUGCCCCAACCUGGUGAUGGAAACCAUCCAUGACUACUUCAAAGACAACCCAGAGAUCUCCUGCCGACACAGACUGCGGCUGUUCGAGGUCCUGGUGACGGUCAUUGGAACCCUCAAUGUCCUGGAGGAGACCUGGCAAAAGUGCUUCAUGCAGCUGGCCCUGGAGCACAUGACCAAGUCCACGGAACUGGAUGAUAUAUAUCAAGAUGCAGCCAGCAAUGUGUUACUGGCCCUCUGUCGGCAUUCAUGGCCGGCAGUAGCCAAGCACUUGGAGACGGAGCUUCUGACGGGUGUCUUCCCACACCGCAGCCUGCUAUAUGUAAUGGGCAUCCUGUUCUCUCAAGAGAAGUUUCUCAAGAAGGAAGACAGAGAGAGCUGGAAAGAUCUGCUUUCUCAGAUGACCAGAAAGUCAGUGCCGUUCCUGAAUACAGAUGUAUGGUCCAAGGAAUUGCUGUGGGCUAUCACCAAGGCUGGAAGGACACAGCAAGAGCAUGCCCCAGAGAAGGCCUUCCUGUUUGUCUACUACGGGCUAAUCCUUCAAGCUGAGGAGAACAGCACCACCGUGAGGACGCAUCUCAAAACCCUCUUGGAAACAUCUCACCAGUGGGACAAGCAAAGGGAGGGCAUUGCUCUCACAGUGGGGCUGGUUGCCGUACGCCACUUGGACGAUGCCUGGGCCAUCCUAGAACAGUUCGGGCGGAGCACACCGCUCAGGUGGAGCCUACAGAACCUUUCCCUGAAGCCCCACACCCAGAGCAACAAGGACCUUCGGUGGAAGUGGGCCAGCAGCACCAUGCUCCUCUCCUACGGCCAGAUGGCAGCCUGGGCCAAGAGCCACAUCCUGCCAUGGGUGGACAACAUCUUAUCCAGGAUGAUCUUCUACUUCCGCUUUAGUUCCUGGGAUGAGACCCUGAAACAAAGCUUCCUUACGAGCAUCUCCAUGCUGGUGGGGGCCAUCAGCCGAAGUGAGGGGGCCCACAGCUACGAGUUCUCCCAGACGAGUGAGCUCCUCGAGUGUCUGAUGACACUGAUGGAGAAAGAGCCACAAGACACACUGCUCACCAGCGUCCACCAGCAGGUCAUCCGCAUUGUCUCCAGCCUCUGUGCGCUGAGGCCACCCAUAGAUGUGGAAAGGAAGUCCCGCCUCCUCUCCAUCUGCUUCCGAAGCAUCCUUGCCCUGCCACAGCUGGAUGCCCUGGAGAAGCAAGCCUGCCUCCUCUUGGAACAACCCAACAUCCAGGGACUGUACAGCCAGACCAUGGAGGCACUGGACCACAUGCUGCAGUGUUUCAUGGUGCAGAACCCCACAGUCAAUGAGCUGCACUUCCUGCUGUCGCACCUGUAUAUCUGGCUGACAUCAGAGAAGACUCAUGAGCGACAACGGGCUGUGCACAGAUGCACAGCACUCUUCAAAUUCCUGAACCAUAAACAGUGCCUAAGUACCAAGGAGAACUUCAUAAGGGUUGGGCAGCUGGUAGCCAUGCUGGGGAUCCUGUGCCAGGACUCUGAUAGUACCAUCCAGUGUGUCAGUCUAGAAGCUUUGGGCCAUCUCUAUCAGCUUCUGAUGCACCAGAAAGCCCAAGAAACACCAGAAGUAGAGAGGGAAAGCCCUCGGGAGCUGUUCGGGCCUGAUGCAGAUGGAGCUGUCCGAUGGAGCAGUGGGGACCAGAAGGGUUGUCCUCCAAUCCCCCAGGGGAUGGCAUCCAAAGAUGACAGCAUCUUCUACAUGAGCAGCGACCAGGCCCUCCAGGCCAUCACAAAUCAUCUGGAAAUGGCAGAGCUGACUGACCUCAUCUGGACAACCAUUGAUGGCUUGGGCUCUACCAGUUCUUCCUGGGUGCAGGCGGCUGCUGAUUUGCUUCUCCUUGUCAUCCAGGAGCAUGGGGACAGCCUGGCAACUGUUGGUAAAAUGGGCCAGGCCAUCCACCAACACCUCUGUGCCAUCCAAAUGCCCCAAGCCAAGGACAGUGCCCUGCGUGUCAUCACACUACUGGCCCGGAACCACAUCCCAGAACUGGUGGCUGCCUUCCUAGACUUUUCCACGCCCCUGGACAGCCAAGCCUUUCGCCUGUGGAGGGCCCUAGGAGCAGAACAGCCUGCAAGCUACCUGAUUCUGACUGUGCUGCUGGCUUGGCUGCAGAAGAGGCCUCUGCCCCCUAGUGUCGGUGACGGCAGUUCAUAUCCCAAGGAGAAGUCCUACUUGCGUUCACUGGCUGCCAUGAACACAAUUCACGAACUACAGUUUGCUCGAGAGUUCAAGAAAGCCGUGCGGGAUGUUUUUCCCCAGCUGUUCCUGGCCCAUCUGGCCCAAAUGCACUAUAUCCUGGAGCUGAGCCAACCCACAGAGCCUGAGCAAGAGCAGGAGGUCCAGGAGGUAGCUGUGCUAAACCCUCAAAGCACGUCACUGGAGGCGCUGAAGAGCCUGCUGUCUACCACAGGACACUGGCAUGACUUUGCUCACCUGGAACUGCAGAGUGCGUGGGAAUACUUCACCUCCAUCCACACCUAUCCACAGGCCGUGGGCCUCCUUGCCAGGGCCAUGGUGCAGAACCACUGCACACAGAUCAAGGCAGUUCUUGGCUACUUGCUACCCAACCUGCAGAGCCAGCAGGAGCGAGAAAGGAAGACGGCCAUCCUGCUCCUCGUUGAGUUCCUCUAUAGUCCUGCCCUGUUGGAGGUGCUUUCUAAACAGGCUGCCCUGACUGUACUGGCUCAAAGCCUCCAGGACCCCAGCUCUGAGAUCCGUGUGGCCAGCCUGCAGGGCCUUGGAAACAUACUCUUCCACCCGGAGAAGGAAAGCCUGCUCCAGAGUCAGCUGCCAGCCUUCCUCAAUGGCUUCUUCCAAAAGAGCGAGGCAGUGGUGGUAGGCAUUAUGGGCAUGGUAUCGGACGUUCUGCACCGCCUGGGCAUGCAGGGCGCAGGUGCACAGACUCUCAGCAUCGCUAUCAACACCCGCUACUUCUUUGAUGACGAACAGGACAAAGUUCGAGCAGCAGCUAUGGCACUGUUUGGGGAUCUGGUGGCAACGGUGGCAGACAGAAAUCUCAGGGGCCUGCGGACCCAAGUAUGCCAGAGUAUGGUGCCUUUGCUCCUGCACCUGAAGGACCAGUGUCCAGCUGUUGUCACGCAGGCCAAGUUCACAUUCUACCGCUGUGCUGUGUUGCUCCGUUGGCAGCCAAGGCACACCCUGUUCUGCACUCUAGCCUGGGAGAACGGCCUCAGUGCCCGCCACUUCCUCUGGACCUGCCUGAUGACCCACAGCCAGGAGGAAUUCAGCAUUCACCUGUCCCAAGCCAUCAACUACCUGCACAGCCAUCACCGCCACAUCAAGACCUGGGCAGCUCUUUUUAUAGGGUACACCACCUGCUACCAACCCCAGGCCGUGUCACAGAUGUUAAGUGACAAGGACAUCAAGCUGUUGUCCUCCACUUUUAAAGACCUCAAAAAAGACCCAGAACCUGGCAUCCGGGAAUUUGCCACCAGACAGCUCUUGUUCUUUUGGAAGGUGUCAGCCAGACCCAACCAGUGACUUUGAGUCAUCCUCCCCACCUCUACCCCCAGAACGGCCCUGCCCCUACCCUGUCCUAAGAGCUUGGUUGUACAUUUUUUCACUGGAAAGAAAAAUCUAGAUUCAAAAUAAAAACAAAAAGCAAGAUCAGAA